AUGCCAAAUGAUCUUUCAAUGAUCGACCUUGUAAUCUUCAAGGCCCGAUUAUUAAAUCGCCUUUGGGAUUGUGUUUGUGGAUCAAGAAUUGUAGAGGAGGUUAUCACCGAAAGGAAUCGUACGGCUGUGAGUGGUGGAUUGCAAUCGACUAGCAAUCUUCCUGUGGCAAAUACAUCAGAUAGUCGAGUAACGAGUCAAAGUCGUCUAGACACACAAAAUGUGACUGGGGUGGUGCGCAGAGCUCGUGACUUGCUUCGAGCAAACACUAUUUCUGUAUCUUCCAAUAUAUCAUCUCAGAUUCCAAAGCGCCGUAGAGUAAGCCAUUCAUAUGCAAAAGAGCAAAAGAAAAAAACUCCUGAAAAGAAGACGUUUGAACUUAUAUGCCUAAAUCAUGUUUCCCAGUUAGCUGAGGAGGAAUCACAGGAAUCUGGUGGUAUUGUCCCAGACUACUCUAUAUGCAAAGAUGAUGUUCUGUUUAGCGGGACUGUGGAUGUCAUGACAGAUGACAGUGAACAACUAAUGAGAGAAAAAAUAUGCAAAGUUAUCAGUGUUAGACUUCCAAAUGUUACAGAAGUUGACUUUGAUUUUGUGAAAGUUAGUAGGAAAACUGUUUCAACACCAGUGUGUAGCCCUGGCCAGUUCUGGGAUUUUUCACGAGUAAAAGUGAUUGCUGGUCAAGGAAAACUUUAUGUACGUUUGAAUCAGUCAACUGAUUUGCUAGGAUCGUCCAAUAUUCAAAAAGAUGGAUCUGAUCUUGGUUCUCCAGGUUCUUCCACAUCAAAUUGUAGCAGUACAGUUCAACUUUGCAUGAUGUUUCCACAAAAAACAGAGUCAGAAAUCAGAGAAGUAUUAUCAAGAAAUCAUGAAGAUAUAGACCUUUCCAUAGCUGAUCUUUUAGAUGAUGAUGUUCAGCUUAUUAAAGGGCUAGAUACUACAACUGAAAUUGGAGAAACAGUCACCACAAGUGAAAGUGUCCAAGGUGAUGGAAUAGAUGAUGAAAAGGUUCCAACCAAGAGUGUAUUUGAGUUGUUAAGUAUCAAGAUCAGCAAAGAUACAAGAAAGAUAAAGAUUGAUCCAGAGGACUUGCUAUCUGAUGCACUUCAAGUAUAUAAGCAUCCUAGUUUUGAUCCUACACAUCCAUUCAUUGUCCAGUACAAACAACAACCAGCUGUAGACACUGGUGGUGUCCUUCGUGAGUUUUAUUCUGAUGUUUUUAAGGAAUUUGUCAACAACCCAUCAGUUCGUAUCUUUGAAGGCCCCUCUGAUAAGCUACAGUUCCACUACAACCACACUGCAUUGACGUGUGGUAUGCCAAAAAUGCUAGGCACCAUGAUUGCACACAGUCUUUGUCAAAAUGGGCCAGGAUUUCCCUAUCUCGCACCUUCCCAAUAUUAUUAUGUUGCCACUGGAGAUAUCAAUAAAGCCAUUGCAUAUGCAUCUAUCCAUGACAUUCAUGAUUAUGAGAUAAAGUCUUAUGUUGAACAGAUCAUGAUGUCGAAAAAGUCUGAUUUAGACAUAAUGAACCAGUCACCUGAGUUUCAAAGUGUGCUUGCAAACUCUGGAUUGCAAUGUCAAGUCACAAAUGAAAAUAGACUUUCUGUUGUCCAAGCAAUAAUUGCACAUUGCGCUGUAGUGAAAAAUGUGCCUAUGUUGGAGCAGUUCGUUAGUGGUCUAAAAACUCUUGGUGUAAUUGAUGUUAUCAGACGUUAUCCAGACAAGUUUUUACAGCAUUUUGUUCACUGUGCAAAGACUAAAACGCGAGAAUAUUUAAAGGGAUUAUUAAAGUUGAAAGAAACUGGGAUUGAAGCUAGUGGUUUGGCAGUGUUUAACAUGUUACAGAAAUUUGUGGAAGAAUGCUCUGAAGAAGGUAAAUGA